AUUUUAAAGUUUACAUUUGCUCUCCUCCCAAAACCCUAAAUGGCCCCUGCAAAUAUAAAGGCUCUCUUUUCCCGCACCAUCCCUCACUCUUUGUCUUUUUAGAUAACCCUAAGCCGCCAUCUGCAUCUGCAGCAAUGCAGAUCUUCGUGAAAACCCUAACCGGGAAGACCAUAACCCUAGAGGUUGAGUCCUCUGAUACCAUCGACAAUGUCAAGGCCAAGAUCCAAGACAAGGAGGGCAUCCCUCCGGACCAGCAGCGCCUGAUCUUCGCCGGAAAGCAGCUCGAGGACGGCCGCACACUCGCCGACUACAACAUCCAGAAAGAGUCGACGCUUCAUCUCGUCCUCCGCCUCCGCGGUGGUGCCAAGAAGCGCAAGAAGAAAACCUACACCAAGCCCAAGAAGAUCAAGCACAAGAAGAAGAAGGUCAAGCUCGCUGUCCUCCAGUUCUACAAGGUCGAUGAUUCCGGAAAGGUCCAGCGCCUCCGGAAGGAGUGCCCCAACGCCGAGUGCGGCGCCGGCACUUUCAUGGCCAACCACUUCGACCGGCACUACUGCGGCAAGUGCGGCUUGACUUAUGUUUAUCAGAAGGCUGGCGGUGAUUAAUUAGGUUGUAUUUCCGAAUCCGGUGUUUUAAUUUUUAUUAUUGGGAAUUUUGUCUUGUAGAAUUAAUCGCGGAGUUUUGGAUCUGAUUUUUGUUGCACAAUCAUGAAUUUAUUUUGCUAUAACUUUCUGUCA